AUGCAUCUCAAGGCGGCUCUGUUGGCCCCGGUCGCGUUGGCGGCGGUUGCUGGGGCCCGCAAGAAUGUACGGGAUGUUGAGCCAUGUGCGCAGAUCUCCAAGUUGGUGGCAGAUGCCAAUGAUAAUCACAUCAGCGCUAAAGUCCCCCAUGGCUUGGCACAUCAAUGCUUGAUGUCCAUGCCGCUCGAGUCGAGCCGGGCAGUGACGUUCUUGAAUCAAGUCCGAAAGUACUUAGAGUUUCACUCGACGAUUGACAUACUCAAAGAUCCUCCUUCUGGUUAUUCGAUGCCAUCCACUGAUCUUCUGGGAGGAAUUGAUGCUAUACUGGAAAAGGUCAAUAGGAAUGGGUACUCCAGCCAAUUUGAGAUGGAUCUCGAAGUCUCCGAUCUCAUCAGAUCGGCAUACGAUGGCCACUUGGCAUUCCAACUAUGCUCACAGUCGAUUUUCAAUUAUGAGAUCGACAUCCCCCUCGUGUCUAUCUCAACGAAUGGUCUUCAACUACCAGAGGUCUAUACUUUGAGCGACGCAAAACUCCAGCAAAGCGGCGCCAAAGAUGUGUCUCCCCUUUUAUCUAUCAAUGGCACAGAUGCAGCCGAGUUCCUUUCAUCAUAUGCGUCUGGCCAAAGUCUUCAAGAUCGCGAUGCUCAGUACAACCGAGUCUUCCCGGCUUUAGCUCGCAGCGUCACCGGAACCUCCAUUGAUCAAAACGGUAUCUGGGCUAGAACGGCUGACUGGAGUGAUGGUUCCCAGAUGAUUCUCAAGUAUGGCAAUGGGACUACUCAACCCGUGGAGAAGGUAGCCGUUCCAAAGGAGAGAUUGUUCUCAUACAAGAACGGCACAAGUCUAUACAAGAUCAACUGCAUUCCUCGAGGGCUCCCUACCGCCGAGAAUUCCUCUCCCACUGCAGAAGAAGCUUCCUCCAUGCCUGGGCUCCCAGAUACACAAUGGCACAACUCUGCUAACUCCAUCGGGGGUUAUUUCUCAAAUCUUACUGGUCUCGAGGACACUGGUAUCAUCUUCUUACCCACAUUCUCCUCCAGUCCCCGGGAGGUGGCUCAAGUGGUGAUAGAUUUCCUGAACAACGCCACCAGUGCUGGGAAGAAGAACAUUCUUAUCGAUGUUCCAGCUAAUCCAGGUGGAUAUUUAUCGAUUGGACUUGAUCUGUUCCGGAUAUUCUUCCCGGAUGCUUUCCCAUACACUGCGACGCGGUAUCGAGCGCACGAUGCAGCCAAGUAUCUCACCAAAGCAUAUUCACGUUCUGACACCCAGGACUCGAGUAAUACCUUUGCGUACAAGGAGAUGGUUGCUCCAGACCAGGAAACUGGAUUCAGCUCCUGGGAGGAUCUUUAUGGACCACAUGAGGUCCUAGGGAGCUCUUCGUCUAGCUUGCUAGCCAACUUCAACUACACUGCCACUUCGAGUCAAACCUACCCCAUCAAUGGAUACGGGCCUAUUGCGUUGAAUCCCGAGAAAUCUCUUUUCCCGGCUGCUAAUAUUGCAAUUAUCACCGACGGUGAUUGCGUCUCAACCUGCGCCUUCUUCGUCAAACUCAUGAAGCGCCAAGGUGUACGCACCAUCACCUUCGGCGGCCGUCCAACGGAAUCCCCAAUGCAAGGAGUCGGCGGCGUAAAGGGGGGCCAAUCCCUCGGAAUCAACUACAUCAACGGCUACAUCCAGCAAGCCAACCAGCUGAUCCAAAAGUCGGCCGGCAGCUCAUCUCCUCUCUUGACUACCGAGGAGUGGAAGAAAUUCAACGAUUCAAGUCCUGGUACAGAAACCUCCUUUGCUUGGAGUGGAAGCGUCAACCUGCGAAAUGAAUAUGAUCCAGACGAUGAUCAGACUCCGCUACAGUUUGUCUAUGAGGCGGCGGAAUGCCGGCGCUUUUAUACGAUUGAUAACUAUCUCCAGCGGGAGACUGUGUGGCAAGAUGCUGCAGCAUCCAUGUUUGGAAAUGGGGGUUGUGUGAAGGGGUCGACUCAUGGGAAGGGUAGCUUGAGUGCACCUUGA